AUGUCCAGCACCAAUUUGCAAGUUGCUUGUGUCGUCGCGUUUUAUAUGUGCGCUGCGCUUGUGAUGGUCUUCGUCAACAAGACUGUUAUGAACAAUGAACCAGACCUGCCCCUUGUUUUCCUGCUCCUCCAACUCGUGAUUGCGGUCGUUCUGCUCCAUGUCUCUGCCCUUGCUUCCAAAUCUGUCGAGAUACCCAAAAUCACGCUGGAUGCGGCGAAGAAACUUUUCCCAGUGGUUUUUGUCAAUAUUACGGGACUCACAUUCAAUCUCCUCUGUCUGCGUGGCGUUGAAGCAACCUUCUUCCAAAUCGCAAGGGGGCUUGUUUUGCCACUCACCAUCUUGUGCUCUUGGAUGUACGAUCCUACCAGUGGAGUCAGCAAAAAUGUCAUUACAGCCAGCGCAAUCGUCACUGGAGGAUUCUUCCUCGGUGUACUGCCCAACUCCACCAUCCCUGCAACCUCGACACCAUCCUUCAUUUCGCUCUUCUAUGGCGUCCUCUCCUCCCUUUUCAUCGCCGUCCACGCAGUUCUUAUCAAAAUAAGUCUGCCAUAUUGUCAGAACUCCACAAUCCAACUGGCAUGGUGGACGAACGCGGGCUCCGCCCUCCUAUUGCUUCCUGUCGUCGCAGUUACAGGGGAAAUAUCUGUUCUCCAGGGCAAGAUCUACGAUUCACAGUGGAAUGGGAAUACCUUCCUCUACGGAAGUCUGAUUACGGGUGUUUUCGGUUUUCUACUUUGUCUUGCUGGGUUGUUGUCGAUUCGAGUUACCAGUCCUGUCACACACAUGUUCAGCAGUGCAGCGCGCUCGGUGCUUCAGACAAUUAUCGGGGUGGCGUAUUUUGGCGACCUCAUAAAUAUCAAUCGCGCGACGUCCAUACUUGUCAUUCUCGGAGGGACCAUGUUCUAUACCUGGAUCAAGUCGGCUGAAGCCAAGAAGCAACCGCCAGCAGAUAUCGAGGCAUUUAACGGGGCCAAGACGGAGCGAGAGGCCCAAAUCAAAGAGUAG